AGAGGCAAACGGUCUCAUUCUUUGAUUUAUCGAUUUCUCUGGCGAUGGAGGAUGAUGGUGGGAUUCCGCUGGAUACGGCGCGAGCAGAGCGACCGGUGUGGCUGUUGAAGUGUCCGCCGGCGGCGUCGAGGGCAUUGCAGUCGGCCGCCUCCGGCUCCGUCUCCUCCACCUCCCCCAACCCCGUCGUCGCCAAGAUCGUCCACACCAUCGAUCUCUUCAACCUCGACGAUCCCUCAUCCGAGCAGUUUAACUUGGAAAUGGUUCCAAAUGAUUCUGGUAAUGCGCCGAGGAGUUAUAAACUGAAUGCGUCCAAAGAUUUUGUUCCGAUGUCUACUUUUUCUGAGUCUAAUCAAGGAAAGCUCUCGGUGGAGGGGAAGGUAAAGUAUAAAUUUGACAUGGAGCCUCAAAAUUUCAGGGAUUAUAGUAAAAUAUGUCGCGAAAGAACGAACAAGUCUAUGAUUAAGACCAGAAAAGUCCAGGUUAUCGAUAAUGAUCAUGGAGGGCUUAUGAGGCCGAUGCCUGGCAUGGUUGGCCUAGUUUCAUCUGGUUCAAAGGACAAGAAAAAAGUAACUCCAUCUAAAGGAUCGGAUGCAAAGAGGACCCGCAGGGACAAAGGCGAAAUGUUGAACAUUCUCUUUAAAUUAUUUGAAAGACAACCAAAUUGGGCGUUGAAACAAUUGGUCCAAGAGACUGACCAACCUGAGCAAUUCCUAAAAGAGAUAUUAAACGAGAUUUGUGUGUACAACAAGAGAGGACCCAAUCAAGGAACCCACGAGCUCAAAGCGGAAUACAAGAAUUUUGGGGGAACCAACAAUGAAUGAUGUGGAAGCUCUCCACUGUCAUUCCAAAGUUGCACCUGCUACUGCUAGACUGCUUUUGCUCUUUAAGAACAAGACCACCCAGCCUCUCUGCAAGCUACAAAAUAGAAGUGCAAUGUUUAUGCAUAGUUCUUUUAAUAAUGGUGCUGUUUUUUUAAGCAUUAAUUCAUGGGAUUUGAA